AUGUCUCUUCCGGUCAAACGGAGACCUCCGCUUGAUGCUUCCUCCUCUACUGGUCAGUCUUGUAAGUCUCAGCAUCUAGCAUUCAUUUUUGGUCUUCCUCAAUACGUUGAUUGUGGUUACUGUAGUUGCGUUUGUCAAUUUUGUGGUGCAUAUUUCUGGUACGUUGAAAGGGUGCUUAAGCUUUCCACGCUUGGUCAUCUAAGGUAUAAUCAUUGUUGUCGGGAUGGGGGUGUAGUGCUUCCUUACCCUUCUAGGGUUGCCCCUGAAUUCGUUGGCCUCUAUCAAAAUGCACGCUUUUUGAAGGACAUUAGGGCCUAUAAUAGCAUGUUUUCCAUGACUUCUUUUGGGUCGAAUGUAGAUGAAGAACACAUGGUGGAGAAUAGAUUUAGGGCUUUUGAUGGUCCUAGGAAGAGUGAUGUAGAUUUUAAUAUCGUUCAGUUUCUGGUAAGAUUUUUAGGGGCUAAUAACGAGUACGUGUGGACCUUCAAGACCACUAAACUUAUGGCCGAUGAAACUAGUUUAGAGUUCUAUGCAGUGCGACUAUUUAACAAUGUGGUUGAUCGUAGAUAUGAAUUGCGCUCACCUGAAUUGCCCUUAGCUGGAUCAUUGGGUUGCAUAGUAAGCAGCGAUGAUAAACCCUACACCACAUAUGCCAUUAUUAUCUUUUCACAUUCGAGUCGGCCUCAACGAAUUAGUAAACUGCAUCCGAGCUAUAUGCCUUUACAAUACCCACUUUUGUUUCCAUAUGGAGAGGAAGGUUGGUCGCCUCGCUUGAAGAAGGGUAAUUAG